CAAAGACGCCUUCCCUAUCCCUGGCUUUGCCUCGACGUCGAGGAUACAGUCAACAUGCACAUAGCUCUCAUCACUCAACUCGCCCUUCAUCUCUUCCCAUCUUUCCAUCCUUCCCGCCAGUCGCCACCUUCACUUUCCCAACCACUCACGUUCCGCCCCAUUCAUGCUCAUUCUCACUCCAUCACCAAUCUCACCCAACCCACUCUUUUGUUACAUGAUCCUACCUCUUCACAAUCCCUCGUAUCCCCUCCAUCGCUUUAUCCUUUAUCAGAAGCAGAUCAAGCUGUUUAUCUUCUCGACAACCCUUCACCUGAUUUAGCCGCGGUUCCCCUCACUGUCCGUACUCGACCCAUGACCAUCCGACGUCCGCGUGAUCGUCCACCGCAUAUACUCUCAUGGGCCUGGGCGGCUCGUAAUCGCCGUACUAGAAGUCUAGGAAUCAAUUCUACCGUCGAGACGGGAUGGCUCGCACCCGACUAUGCAGAUCAAGAAGGUGAAUGGGACGAUGUAGAAGUUAUGGGACCAGAUGUCCGGGAUAGACAAACCUUGAUGACUCUAGCCAAAAUGGCGAGUAAUGCUUAUGUUCUUCCAGACGGAGGGGAAUGGUACCCUCUAGGCGAACAGUGGAAUGCUUCUACUCCUAUAGGUUGGGAACCCGAUGCGGAUGGAUUAAGGGGGCAUGUGUUCGCCGAUCCUAACAAUGAGACAGUCAUCAUCGCUCUCAAGGGCACUUCAGCAGGUGUAUUCGGUAUAGGAGGUCCAACGGCUAAAAACGACAAGUUUAAUGACAAUCUCCUCUUCUCCUGCUGUUGCGCGAGGGUUGAUUUUUCGUGGAGCACAGUAUGCGAUUGUUAUUCUGGAGGGUACAGAUGCGAGCAACAGUGUCUGGAGGAUGCGUUAGUAUCGGACAGUGUAUAUGCCACCGUAGGCACGAAUCUAUACAACAAUAUCACCUACAUGUAUCCCAACGCUACUAUUUGGCUCGUCGGUCACUCCCUUGGCGGUGCCGUAUCAGCCAUGAUAGGGCUUUCUUUCGGUGUCCCCGUGGUGACUUACGAAGCUCCCGGCGAGCGCUUACCUGCUGAACGUCUUCAUUUGCCUCUUCCACCAGGUAUGCCAUCGGAGAAGACAGGGAUCACCCAUUUGUAUCAUACAGCUGAUCCAAUUCCCAUGGGCGCGUGCACGGGCGGAUAUUCAGGCUGUUACGCAGCUGGCUUUGCUCUCGAGAGUAAAUGUCACACAGGCCAAACAAUUCUAUAUGACACAGUCACUGUCAAAGGUUGGUCCGUCGACGUCCGCACACAUCGAAUAGGCGAAGUGAUCAACAAGCUUUUGGCAGAACCAUGGCCAGGAACGGAGAACGACACAGAACUUAAACAUGGUGGUGUGCCCAAACAAGCUCCAGAGACUGAAUGUGUGGAUUGUUUCAAGUGGGAGUUUGGGCAUUUUGAAAAGUGA